CGGUAUUUCAUUUUAACUAUUAAAAAGUAACAUCAAUAAUUCUUUAUUAGUUUAUUGAAUCUAUUUUUUAGGCAAUCACCAAAAGUAAGGACUGCAUUUAAAAAUUUAUUGUCGUCAUUAAAAAAAAAAAAAUUCGUUCCUUGUUGAUUUUAUUUAGUCAAAUUAAUUCAAAUUAAUGAAAAGUUAAAAAACUGACACUUUUUUAGUAAGAGUAUAAAGAAAGCAUCAUUUUAACCAAAAUUGGAGUAAUUAUUGCGGAUCCUUAGAUUGAAAAGAGAUUAAGGAGAUAUGGCUAAUUAAAAUCAACCAUCAUCCCCUUAAAUGGAUGGAAAAAAAUUUCGCCGAAUUACGCCGAAACGUUUAACCGAUCGGGUUAAUAUCCUCAUAGAGUGAGGAUUUUCUUUUCGGAUCUUUUUUUUAUUUUAAACCAGUUAUUUUAAUUAAAGUUUUUAAGAUUAAAGGGUUAUAAACUUUUUUGAUUGAAAAUUAUAAAAAUUUCAUAUAAUCCAUAUAAUCAAUAUAAUUAAUUAAUAUAAUCAAUAUAAUCAUUGUAUGAUCUUCCUUAUAAUAAUAACAAGUGUACUUUUUAAAAAAUCAUACUGUAUUCUAAAAUAAGGUUUCAACACCAAAAUGAUAACGUUAUUGUAAUUUUCGGUAGUUGUCGGAACUAUCCUAAUUCAGUAAAUUAUUUGUAACAAAAGAACUCGCGUCUUUUUAAUAUUAAUGGUAAUCGAACUAUCCCAAUAUAAGUAAGUUGAUAUAACAUAUGAUUCCCAAAUUUAUCUUGGCAAACUAAAGUUCUUUAUUGCAUUUAAUGGCGUCACUCAAGUAUGAUUUUCAAAUAUAUAUACAUAUAUAUAUAUGUGUGUGGGAAAUAUGCAAAAAAUUGUGAUGGGCGUGCGCAAGUAUCGCAGUAUCGCAUUAGCCUACCAUUUACCCUAUUUACCAAUUACUUAUACAACCUGAUGAAAGGAAUUCUCUGUGCGAACUUUUUUUUUUUUUUUGCAAAGCGCACAUGUCCGCACUGGCGUCGUAAAAGUGACGGUUAAUUCGGAUAAUAUAAUGAGAUUUAUCUAAUGUUUUUGCGUAAUGCGUUAAAUAUCUUUUUAUAUUAAUUUAUUAAAUUUUAUGUAUGAAAUACUUGAAUGUUUUUUGGUUUUUUUUUUAAAGA